AUGGCAAGAGAAUCGGCUUUUGAAGUCAUUCGCCUACCAUCUGUUUCCGAGAUAGAGGCCGCGACAGAACUUCUAAGCACUCCCGACACCUCCACCAAAGUCGUCCGGAUGAGAGAUUUCGCAGUCAAAAUGGGCCACGGAGUACCCCUCAUCGAGGCUGAAAACAUGAAGUUUCUUGCAGAAAACAGCAAAGUUCCCGUCCCAAAAGUUCACGCGGCCUUCAAGGACCCUGCCAACAACAAAACUUAUAUUAUUAUGGAAUAUCUCCCUGGUGAUACGCUUGAAAAGCUAUUGCCAUCCCUGAACUCGGCUGAAAAAGCUACGAUAAGCAACUUAAUUAAAGCCGCGAUCACUGAACUACGGAGCAUACCGCCGCCAGAUUACUUGGGGAUGUUGAAUCGUCAGCCCUAUCCUAUCUGGACGGGGUAUUCUGGACCGAAAAUUUAA